AUGGAGCCCCCAACAGAUGACACCGAGACCGAAGCAGAUGUCCCCGGACUAUCUGUGUCACUACAUGACGAGGAGGCAGAUACUACCCUGGACAGUGACGUCUCAUGUGCUCAGAAGAGUGAACCCAGUCGAGCCAGCGGGAGGCUUGAGAUACCUGGGACCAAAUCAAGGAAAAGAAAAGCAAAGGCCAGGGGACGGGAUGACGACUUCGCCAAAUAUAUAGCAGAAAGCCACAAGGUUUUGGAGGAAAUGAGGGAGGCAGAGACCAGGCAGUUAGAACAGGAUCAGGCUCUACAGAAGAUGCUCAAAGCGCAACAGGAAGCAGAUGAAAGGAGAUUUAGUGCCUUGAUGACCCAGAUGCAAGCCUCAAAUCAGCUGAUGGCAAAUUGUUUUUCGCAACUCAUCAAUAUGGUGAACACACAGGUUCCUCCUUCAUCAUCCUGGUCUGGUGGUCCGUCCCAUCAGAGCCCCCCUUAUCAUGUUCCACACAGCUCUCAUCAGCUGCCACCUUCUGGAGCUCCACCACACCACACCAGUCAAGACUAUUAUAACCUUUAA